UGCAGCAUAUUAACCGCUCCGGUUUUUUCAAGUCACACAACUAAAUCUUUCCUCCUCCUCGUUCUCCGCUAAAAUAAUAAUUACUUUACUUUCACCGGCUGUUUGUUUUUUGUUUCCUUUUCUGUGAAACAAAAUGCCUUUAGAGUUCGAGCUGUGUCCCGGUCGGAUGAUCGGAGGAAGUCAUCCGUGUUUCAUCAUAGCAGAGAUCGGACAGAAUCACCAGGGAGACAUCGAGAUAGCCAAGAAGAUGAUAAAAAUGGCAAAGGACUGUGGUGCCGAUUGUGCCAAAUUCCAGAAGAGUGAACUGGAGCACAAAUUCAACAAGCGAGCCUUGGCGCGCCCGUACAACUCUGUUCACUCCUGGGGAAAAACUUACGGCGAACACAAGCGCCAUCUGGAGCUCAGCCACGAGCAGUACAGGGAGCUGCAGAAGUAUGCUGAGGAGGUGGGGAUCUACUUCACGGCCUCUGGGAUGGAUGAGAUGGCUGUGGAGUUCCUCCAUGAGCUCAAUGUGCCUUUCUUUAAAGUGGGCUCUGGAGACACCAACAACUUCCCCUACCUGGAGAAGACUGCCAAGAAAGGACGGCCCAUGGUGGUGUCCAGUGGGAUGCAGAGCAUGGAGACGAUGCGUCGGGUUUACAAAACAGUGAAGGAGCACAACCCAAAUUUCACCAUCCUGCAGUGCACCAGCGCCUACCCUCUGGAAGCCGAGGACGUCAACCUCCGAGUUAUAACGGAAUACCAGAAGGAAUUUCCCGACAUUCCCAUCGGGUAUUCCGGUCAUGAGUCUGGGAUCAGUAUUUCGGUUGCGGCCGUAGCUCUGGGAGCAAAGGUCAUCGAGCGCCAUGUAACUUUGGACAAGUCGUGGAAAGGAAACGACCACUCAGCCUCGCUGGUGCCCAGUGAGCUAACCGAGCUGGUUCGUUCCAUCCGACUGGUGGAGAGGUCGAUGGGGGACGGCGUCAAGAAGAUGUUACUCUGUGAGAAGCCGUGCCACGAUAAGCUGGGUAAGUCCUUGGUGGCCAAGGUCAGGAUCCCCAAAGGAACCGUCCUGACUCAGGACAUGUUGACGGUGAAGGUUGCCGAGCCCAUGGGCGUAGCGGCCGAGGACAUCUUCCUAGUGGUCGGUAAGACCGUGACGGUGGACGUGGAGGAGGACGAGAGCGUCUUGCCAGAGGUGGUGAAUGAGUACAGCAAGAAGAGGAAGUGCUGAGGACGGCAGACAGUUUUGAAAUGGGUAGAAAAGGCACUUAAUUUGAGAGGAAAUGUAAUCGAUUCCUCUGGGGAGAAUUCUUUGCCAAAGCAUUUUUAAUUUUCUAAAAACCGCCUUAAUAUAAUAAACUAACCUUUGUGGCAAACAGGCUCCCUGAUAAACCCUCCGUUAUCCUACAGGAGGCUCAGUAGUAGUUUCAGCUCUGUGGUCAGUACUUUCUGUUACUGUAAACUAAACACACUUUUGCACUCUAGUUUUAGCACGCACUGUUGAGAUUAAAUGAAUAUUGAACACAUGAAGCUGCUGCUGGUCAUCUCAUCACACAACCGUGAGAUCACAGAGCCCGUUUGCCAAACAAUCAUUGUAUUCUUCUUGUACCUGCUCGUUAAUUUAAGUCUGUGAUAUCAGGAAGGGUUUGUUUUUGUACAAAA